AAGCUCCUCCCUGCUGAUUGGGGAGAGGGAUUCAGUCGCAUUGUUUGAGAGAGCGGAUCAAACGCCCCACACAGAGAACCUCCUUUUCUCAUGGAAAUAAAGUGUCUGGCUCUCAUUCACACAUGAGUUUCUGGAAUGCAAAGAAGUCGAGCACGCGGGGAGACUCGGCAUCUCUGAGAGAGGUUAAGAGCGAGGAGCACUUGGAGAGACACUCUGGAGAAGCGGGCGCACAGCCGCUGAACGAGGGCAUCUGUUGAGUCAGAUUGAUGCGGUUUUGCUGGUAGCUGAGCAUGCUCGCGUCUGCUCGGUGCGCGCUCGUGCUGGGGCUGCUGCGCGCGGCGCUGUCCGCGGGCGCGUCGCUGUGUCCCGCCGGCUGCGAGUGCUCGGAAGCCGCGCUCACGGUCAAAUGCGUCUCCAAAGAUCUGCGGGACAUACCGAGCGGCAUCCCGAGCUACACCAGAAACCUCUUCAUCACCGGAAACCACAUCAGCCAGAUCGGACCCGAGUCUUUCCAGGGACUGGAGAACGUGACCAAUCUGUCUCUGUCUAACAACAGGAUCUCUGAGGUGAAGUCUCGCACAUUUUCUAGCCUGCGGAGCCUCAGAUCGCUGGACCUCAGCAACAACCAGCUGGCCGUCAUCCAUCCUGAGGCGUUCACCGUCCAGAGCCGUAUGCUGAGGGAGCUCAACCUCAGUCGGGCUCUUUACAACCACUCGUCCGUCAUUUUUUUAGCCACCUCUUUUCGCUGGAGCAGCCUGGAAGACCUGCUGGGACUGGAUCUGUCCAGUAACGGCCUUGUCUACUUGCCCCCGGGCAUCUUCUGCCAUCUUGUCGGCCUGCGGCGCCUUCAGCUUGGCAACAACUCUAUAGUGUCCAUCCAUAACGGGACGUUCACAGGACUGGAUCACCUCCAGGAACUCGACCUCACCCACAACGCCCUCAGGACCCUGCGUGAAGAGGCUCUAAAAGAGCUGGAGCAGAUGCGUUCAGUGAGGCUCCACCUGGGGGAGAAUCCUUACACCUGCACAUGCGACAUCGAGCCUUACGCCGCCUGGCUGAACAGCUCACGAGCGCGAGUGGUGGACCUCGAGCGCCUGACUUGCGUGUUCCCAGUCGCCUUGCAGAACACAUCACUACUGGCGGUGGGUCAACUGGAGUUGGGUUGCCAUAAGGCGGGAGAAAGUGACAAUCUCGCACUGCAGACGUCUUACGUGUUCCUGGGUCUCGUGCUGGGAUUUGUCGGGCUCAUGUUUCUCUUUGUGCUCUACCUGAACCGCAAAGGUAUUAAGAAGCGCAUCUACGAUAUGCGCGACGCAUGCCGGGAAGUCUGGGAAGGGUACCACUACCGAUACGAGAUCGACUCCGAUCCCAGACUGUCGCAAGUCUCUACAACAGCUGACGUGUGAGCUCUUCCCGAACUGAGCUUUUUAUAUGAACUAGUUUUUCUAUUGCAUUUAGCAUCCACUUGUGCGGCGAACAGUGUUGUGGGUAACGCGAGUUACGUAAUCAGAUUACUUUUUUCAAGUAACUAGUAAAGUAAUGCAUUACUUUUACAUUUACAAUGAAAUAUCUGAGUUACUUUUUCAAACAAGUAAUGCAAGUUACUUUGUGAUCCCAUGUAUUCACUAACAUCUCUCCGGUCCCCAUGUUGAGAGAAAUCGGGAGUCUUUGCACUUUUUUAAGCAUGAGGCUUAUUAAAGUCACUUUUGGUGUGAAAGGGGUCCUUACAGUUGCCAAAAUGUAAUUUUUGGGUUUUUUGUUAUUGAAAAACAAACAAGCAUGCCCAGCCCAGAUGAGACAAAAGUAGCCUAAUGCAUUACUUUUAAAAGUAACUUUCCCCAACUGGUGGUGAACAUUUAGAUAUAUUUAGGUAGGCACAUUUCUUGUGAAAAGCACGUACUGCCUGUCUCAUUGAAGCCUUUAUAACAAGCACACCUCCCCCUCAAGUCUGCACAGAAUUGGCCCCGAGAUGCAUUUGCUUCUCAGUCAUCAUGGGAUGUUUGAGGAUUAGCCCAAUAAAAGGGCAGAAGCCAUAAAGUAACUCUGACCACCACCAACAAACCCCCCACUAGUCUCCAUUGUCCUGUACUGGAUUAUUGCCCAACUCUCUGGUGCUCAAGUGCCUUGUUCAUUAGAUUUAAGAGGCUGGCCCGCUUCAAAACGAGACAAAUCUUAUAUAUGUGUAACAUGUGGUUGUGAAGUUUUGAGAACUGUUUUAUUGCAUGCUCCUGCAACCCUGUUUUUAUGGAAGUGAAUGCAGUUUUUCGCGAGCAACCGUAUUAGCAGCAUUCUAUGGUCCUUUCUGUCCCUCUAUCCACAGGGAGUCUGCGAAGAAUGUGCCGGAUUUUCUCUCCGAAAGCUUUCCAGCAGGAGGAUAACCUCCUCUAAGCUCUAGAAGGAGGAUCUUUUGAAGAAAGAGACCCAGUUUGCAGAAAUCUCUGGCUCCUUUUUUUUUUUUUUUUUUUUGCUCAAAAGAGACGUUUUGCUUUGUUUUUAUUCCACUCAUUUUUAUUGUCAGAAUGAUGAGAACCAGGCCUCACGAGGGCCGCUGAGCGAGACCCCUCCUCCGUCAAGCCUGUUCGCUCUUUGAAGACUCAGUCUGGCUCAGUUCCUCAUAUGUUCCCCAGCUUUUUCUGUUUAAGGGACUUUACGGUGAUAAGAUACAGAUGAAGCCGGGGCCGUCGUGCUGAACGGUCCCCUGCUCAGUUUCCGAAUACUGUUUCCAAAUGUGCAAGACUGAAAAGAAAUAUGCUUGAUGUGUUGUGCCGAUGUGCUGGACUUCACUUAACUGUCUGGAUAACAUGAUUUUACGCAGCAUAUGUUUGUCAAAAGAUACAGACUAUUUAGUCUUUGAGUGAAUCUCACAAAGACAGUCAGGAAUUUAUAUUUCACCUGAUCAAAAAGAAAAAAAGAAAUAUUUAGCAUAAACCAAAAGGCUAAAUUUAAUGUGGAAUGUAUAUGUGAAAAAAAAAAACAUAUAUUUCUUUGUGAGAUUCACUAAUUUGUCAACAAUGUUUUGGACUGAGAAGCAUUAUCUGUGAAAAAGCAUCAUAUCUUUGCUCGUAAUGAAAGCAUCUUUGUGCCUGAUAAACUAUUCAAAUUAUGCUGUUUUGUACAUGAAACUUCGCAGAUAUUUGGACCGUCUUCCAUUGUGCUUUUAUAGCUUUAUACUCAUGUAUUAUUCAUUAUAUUCAAAUGAACCUUUCUCUAAAGAGGUAGGGAAAACCUUUUCAGUGGGUUGCCGAAAGCAAAAUGUUUACUCAUGAAUUUAUCAGGUAUCCAGUGCAAAACAAACCUUUUGUGGAUGUGUCAUGCACCGCAUGGACAAAUAAAUGGUCUUUCUUCAGGGCAGAGUUUAUUUUGCAUGCUUAAAAAUAAAGGUUUUUAAAU